UUAUUUUCAUAGUAUUUGACAUUCAAUAGAUUACUAUGCCCUCCACAAUUUUUUUAAAUGUUAAAAAAUGUAUUCAUUUAUUUGUUUGUAUAUUAUUCUCAUUUUUAAUGCCAAAAGUUUCGUCCGGAGCCAACGACUUGCAUUUCUAUGACGGCGCAUCUACAGCUGAUAUUAUUGCAGGAGAUAUAUUUUUCGAAAUCUUGGACCCACCAGAGCUAAGAUAUUCGUAUCGCAUUAGACCAGCUAAAGACUUUGGUACUCCUUUUAAUGGCAGCAUUCAUUUUGAAAAGGCAAGAUUAGUUCCAACAGUUCCAUUGCAUAGCUGUGCUGAUGUUAUGAAUCCAGAUGAAAUAUUUGGCAAUAUAGCCUUAUCAGAGAGGGGGGAGUGUUCAUUCGUGUUUAAAACAUUGAAAGCACAGCAAGCGGGCGCUCAAGCAAUUAUCAUCACAGAAUCUGUAGACAAAUGGGAUGAUGCUCUGGACCAUCUCAUUGAAAUGGUCGACGAUAAGAUGGAGUUGGACGUGAACAUACCCGCAGCUUUUCUACUGGGUCGUAGCGGGGCAACAAUACUGAGGACGUUGAAAAGACUGCAUAAAAGAUAUGCCCUUGUAAAUUUACCAAUAAAUAUGACCCAUGUACCAUUAGGUAAAAUGAAUCAACCACCUUGGAUAUCAUGGUAAAGGAAGGACAUUGUUUGUUUGUUUUAUGUUUGGAUUAUUUAUGUUUUGUAGUUUUAUAAUAAUUUUGAGACUAUGAAAUUAAGUCUUGAUACUUUUACAAACAACAUAGAAAAUAUUAAUUGCAUUUUAAUAAGUCAGUAGUUACCAGUAACUUUUGGGAGAUAAAUAGCUGCUAGUAGUUAUACUGUUAUAUGUGGUUGACUUUCACUAUCAGAGUUAUUGCCCAACAGUGGGACAUAUGUAGUCUGUUUCUUUUACUUGAUGAUUGAUAUGAUACUGGUGUAUCAUGUUUUUUACAAAUCGAAUGACAAAGUGCCUGUACUUUUAACCGACUUUAAAUAAGGGGUUAUCAAAUUCGGUGAUAUUUUUUUAUGUUAACUCAGAACUGUUAUUUAUGAAGCGA